UUUUCUCUAGUUCCAGUUGGCAUGUCAAGAAUGGAAGAGAACUUCAGUUGGAAGCUUGCACUGUUCCGGAUACAUGCUGGGGCUUCUUACCGUAGGCCCAUUGUCUGACAGAUUCGGAAGGAAGACGUUAGUUAUAAUGACAGGUGUAGCAGGCGGCACUUUAGGCAUCGCCAAGAGUUUCGCCACGUCAUACUGGCUUUACGUGACACUCGAGUUCUUGGAAGCGGCAAUAGGUGAUCCAAUAUCACCAAUAUACACGCUAGCUAUUGAAAUGGUUGCAUCUAAAUCACGGGCCACAUAUACAACUAUAUGCAUGACGGGAGCCGGUGUGGGAGGAAUAUUAUUCGCACUGGCAGCCUGGAUGAUUCCAUACUGGCGAACGUUACUGAGGGUCAUAUACGCACCUGGACUACUCGCCAUAUUUUUCAUCUACUUACUCGAUGAAAGCCCAAGGUGGCUCCUAGCCAAUGGAAAGAAGGACAAAGCAGUGAGGAUAAUAACGAAAGCAGCUAAGCUUAAUAAAAUGGAUAAAGAAGAACACCUAAACUUAAUUUCGUACGAAAAAGAUAAGGGGCCUAGCUUUGCGACAGUAAUAAGAGACACGUUCAAAUCAACUUCCCUCUUGAAACGACUUUUCGUUUGUUCUAUAUGGUGGAUUGCAGGAACUUUUGUAUAUUUUGGAUUGAUUGUCAAUUCAACGUUUUUAGAAGGCAACAAGUAUUUAAAUUUUGGACUUACAGCUACAAUGAAAUGCGUGGGUAAUUUUUGUGCUGGAAACAUCAUUAAUAAGUUCAAUAGAAAAGUUCCUCUGAUAGUGUGUUUUGUAGCUUGCGCUAUCCUAUGCGCUGGACAACCGUUUUUACCAAAAAAUCUUUUGUGGCUGCAGAUAACCAACUACAUGGUGGGCUUUCUGUUGUCAUGUACGAGCUUCUGCAUCAUUUAUAUAUUCACGUCGGAGCUGUUCCCCACUCAGUCAAGGAACUCUAUGCAUGCACUGUGUUCCGCAGUUGGAAGGAUUGGCUCUAUGAUAUCGCCUCAAACGCCUUUGUUGAUAGUGUACUGGUCCGGUCUGCCAACACUGACGUUUGCUGUGGUGUCCCUGACGGCGGGGCUCGUGACGCUGCUUGUGCCGGACACAACGGACCAAAGUCUGCCGGAUACAGUUCGCCAGGCCGAGAAAAUGGAAACUAACAUUUCAACAAAUCAUUCUGGUCUUAAUUUGGAUGAAAAAUCAAUGCGAACAUUUUAAUUUCAUUACUUUUUA